UAUCAAAUUACAAGCAUCGUUGUCCAUUCUUCUCCGCGUUACACGAGGAAGUGACAGUCCAUGUGUACGAAGCGUUCUCCUACGCAGAUCUCUCUGUCGGCGUUUCGCGAAGAGACGGUGCAGCAAAACACCGGAGGUCCAGUCGUCUAGCCAUCGUGAAUAAUCGCAUUGGAGGCGGCGUCGGCCGAUAGAGGAUGCCGCUGUCAGUUCUUCAACACGACGACCUACGCAAGAGCACAAUGAUAGCCCUCCUCGGCAGGAGUCCCAUGUUCCAUCGCCGAACGCAUUCUGCGUUUGGAGCCUUCGGAACCCACACGUCCAGUUCGCCUUUGCUGCCAACGGCGGAAGCGCUCGCCGUGCAGGCUAUCGUAGUCGGAUCCGUCGGCGUGAGAAACCUUCCGGAAAGCGAAGCACUGAAUAGACAGCGUCGACCGGCAUCGCUUAUGGUGACGAAAUCGAGCGACCCACAGCGGCCGUCGACUGGGCAAGGGAUCCUGCCCAAAAACAGCGAUUGGAUUAGACUCCAGAAAGCUAUCCAGUCCCUGUUCAAGUCUGGACGUGUCAGCCUGGGUUCCGGAGAACUGGCGAUGUUGCACGAGAAAGUCCGGGCACUUAGCAUGUCCAAGGCAGCACCAUUCAUCUACGAUUCCUUCAAAAGAGAAGUGGAAAUGUGCUUCGGGUCACUGCACGAGGAGCUCUCACAAUUAGACAGAACAUUAUUGCUCACCGUGCUCGCGGAAGAAUGGGAAAAAUUACACAACCAUGUUCUUCCAACAGUGGACCUCAUCAUGUACGCCGUGAAGAGCAAGGGAGGCAUCACGGUGAGGCAAUGUUUCCUUGUUGCCUUUCGAGACGUUGUCCUCACGAAGCUAGAGUUGGAAGAUCUACUGGACAACGCCAAGUGUACGAUUCCCCCCGGCAUUAAACAUAUGCUGUUGACCGUUUAUAAUGUCUCAGAAACAUACCCGCCGUCCAAGUCGAAACUGAAGCUGGAGGGUCUCGUCGCGAGAGUGGUAUCUCCAUUCCUCGGGUUUCUAGGCUUGUACGAAGGAAGUCCACAGCCCGUGAUCAGAUCCUCAGAACAUGAUUACGUCACGAGGAAGAAAUCAACCGAUGAUGUUCCAGUCGUAAGAAAGAUAUCCCGCCCCAUGACGGGUCAGCCGCGCCAGAUCGAAACCCUCAACGAACUUUUCUUAACAGCUUUAAGAAAACAUCCAGAUUUCUAACGGUGGGCCUGACUUUAUACGACACCGCAUGAGGGAACAUGCAAGUUUCAUUGCUGGCUACAACCAAGACCUGUAGUGCUUCUCAGAAGGCACUAAUUGACCAACAGAAACGGUACAGAAGGUCCUUGCCGUAGCCCUCAUUUAAGUGCCAUCGUGGGUCUGAUCUCAUCGACUGCACUGCAACCACCACCUUGCUAGGGAUGCUUUAUUUAUGCCAUCAUAUUCGCGUCCAUAAGAGUAAGACAAGAACAUCGUCUGCGUUCAACAUGACAGCACUGACAUGUGUGCAUUCAACGUGAUAACAAUCUGGUUGUUUACAUCUUCCUCCUACUCAGCGUGGACUGCCAAACUCUUUGUUCCACUAUAUGCUCCGUGAGUUAACACCUGUUCGAGGAUACAGAUUCAAUUCCACUUGGUUAGGACGACACUCGUUUGACAAGAUGCGUGCCAGCACGGGCUCUGUCGAGGAGAAGAUACCAUCAAAUGCACCGAAAAGAAAGUGAGGGGCCCCUAGAUCAUUGCUGCUCGGCUGUGACUACCAAAGAUCUGUCGAAUGAAAACGGAGGGGGGGGGGGAGCACUGCUAAAUGUCAGAUGACGUUCUUUAGAGAGCACCAGCGAUCGUUGGUUCGUUGCGUGCUCUUAUACCGAGUGAUCCGAGUGACAGCGUGGUGUCAUCUUGCUCUGGGGUAUUGUGCAUGCUGGCCCACCAGGGGUGGUGGGCUUUCCUAGGGUCGCUUCACUAGCGGCUCUGCGUACAGUUCCUGUUACGACAGUCCUGUCGGCUGAACUGAAUUGUAGUUGUCUGUAUAUCCACUGAGCAUGAAUGACACAUUUUAUAUUCGUCCGCGUGUGCCUCCAGCCAUAAUAUGCCACACCUGUAGUGUGCACGUGUGUGUGUGUGUGUGUGUGUGUGUGUGUGUGUGUGUGUGUGUGUGUGGUCCACGCAUUUCUUUCCCACAUCGAUCCUGUGUAUAUCCCGCGUAUAAUGGAAUGGGUUACCGCAGUUCCAGCGAUGAGAAAUUAACACCACUAUCAUAAUGUAUUUGUUACUGCUGUUGUUGCACCGGGGGGCACUGGCCUGAAGCCCAGUGAUGCAGUAUUUAGAGUGACAAUUUCUUAUGUGUUAAACUGAACUGUUUUAUAUUCUACUCAGGACCAGAGGAUGGGACGAUAAGCAAUAUUUGACCGCAUCGUACUUCAAAGAUUAUUGUCCGUACAGGAUUCUCACGCGGAACCACUUGAGUGGAUUGUUACGUUAUGUCACCGCGCUCCCAGAAAACAUUUUUGUUACUAUGUAUUAAAAGCAAAUCUCGACUUUU